AUGGAUCAAGCGCAGCUGGAAUUUGAUCAGAAUGGUGCAUUCCAAGUUAGGCAGCAGAUAUUGAAGCAGCACCAGCUACAACAACAACAACAAACAAAAUCAAGAAUAAAACAACAAAAACUUCGAAUUACGUUUCUAGGGUAUAUAUUGGUGUUGGUUUGCUUUGCCACACUUCAAUUUAUUGGUGUUGGAUUUUUUACACUGGGAUUUUUGUUAUCUAGACAAGUUCUUCCGAAUAUCUCAGAAUGUACGGGUACCCAGGAAGAUUCGUGUAUACAGCCAGCAAAGUUUGAUAAGGCAGUGGUAUUGGUGAUAGAUGCGCUAAGGUUUGAUUUUGCUAUUCCAGUGGAGGGAUCAGAUGAAUAUUAUCACAACAACUUCCCUAUUUUACAUGAGUUGACCCAGUCAGAACCAGAUAACGCGAUCUUGUUGAAAUUUAUGUCUGAUCCACCAACAACAACUUUGCAAAGAUUGAAAGGAUUGACUACAGGUUCGUUACCUACAUUCAUAGAUGCCGGAUCCAAUUUUAAUGGUGAUGCCAUUGAUGAAGAUAAUUGGAUAUUACAACUACACAGGAACAAUAAAAGUGUAGCUUUUAUGGGCGAUGAUACGUGGACAGCCUUGUUUACUGAAUAUAUCAACCCGCAAUUGAACUUCCCUUAUGACUCGUUGAAUGUUUGGGAUUUGCACACAGUCGAUAAUGGAGUUAUUGAUCAUUUAUACCCAUUAUUGGAAAAAGAGAACUCUACAAAGUGGGACGUGUUGAUUGGUCACUUUUUAGGAGUGGACCAUGUUGGUCACCGAUAUGGGCCAAACCAUUACUCGAUGAAAGAAAAACUAAAUCAAAUGAAUGAGGUUAUUUCAGAUGUAAUCAAGAGGUUGGACGAUGAUACAUUAUUAGUGGUUAUGGGUGAUCAUGGAAUGGACUCUACAGGUAACCAUGGAGGUGAUUCAUUAGAUGAAUUAGAGAGUACCUUAUUUAUGUAUUCAAAACACAAAAAGUUCCAUGUAAACAAAAAAUUGGCCGACUUUUAUGAUACUCGUGAUAUGGGAAAACAUUACAGAUCGGUCAAUCAAAUAGAUUUGGUUCCUACCGUAUCUUUGUUAUUAGGAUUGCCUAUUCCUUAUAAUAACUUGGGCUUUCCGAUUGAUGAAGCAUUUGGAAAUGACAAGGAUUUAGCUCUUGCAAGCUUUAAAACCUUACGUCAAAUCCAAAGUUUUAGGGAAUCAACUCCUAACUUGGCAUCUAACUUGGAAAUCACUGAGAAAUUCGAAAAAUUUGCCCAAGAUUAUUCUAAGUUUGGUAACAAUAAAAAGUAUCUUUCAAAGCUUAUUGAAUUUUCCAAAAGCUACCAAUAUGAUUCAUUAGAACAGUGCAAAUCGCUAUGGGCUCGUUUUGAUUUAUCAUUAAUAGGUAUCGGUAUUGCCAUUAUCUUUUUCUCAUUAACAUUCAUUACAACUUAUUCCAGAUCUAUACCAUCAGUAAGAGUACUGACUAUGUCCUUCGAAUUUAUAGGAUCGAUUAUUGCCAUGUUAUUGGUUGGUUUGGUUUCAAGUUUUUCUAUAUUCAUAGUCUUGAAACCAACUGGGUUUGAUAUGAAGAAAUGCCUUCUUAUCGGAGCAGCAUUAGGAAUAAUUAUUGGGUUUUGGGCUCCUAUAAUGGAUAGAUUUAGCAUAAGUUUCUUGUGGCACCAAUUAAGAGACUUUUUCAGUUACAAUUUCAACAGUUGGUCAUUUUUAGGCAUAUCGUUUGUGGUAUUUCAUUGUUUAAUAUUUGCAUCAAAUUCAUUUGUUGUAUGGGAAGAUAAAAUGGUACUGUUUUUCUUACUUACUUUUGGUGCAUGUUGUUUAUACAGUUGCUUGAUCAACUCUAGACGUUCAAAGGUGGAUAAUAUUCUAGGUAUUCUGCAUGCAAUAACAUUUAUUGUAUUAUCAAGACUAACAUCAAUGAUUAAUUUAUGCCGUGAGGAACAACAUCCAUAUUGUAAAGCAACCUUUAAAACAACUUGGUGGUCCAUCAUAUUAUUACAUUUAUGUUCAUUUGCAUUACCAUUAGUGGUUAAGUCUUUCUAUAAGCUUUCUAAUUCCUACCAUUCGGCUGCACCUUUGUGGAUAGGGACGGGAGUGAAAAUUUUAAUGGUAAUGAAUGCGAUAUAUUGGACGUUUGAAUAUAUUGAAAAUCAAGACUUUUAUUUAGCUUCAAAAUUCAGUAUAAGUGGACCAUUAUUAAAAUCAGUGAAAAUUGCAAUUGCGAGAAUUGUACUUUUUAUCACAUUAGUUCUCGCAAAUUUCAGUUGGUCAAGAGGACCAUUGUGUGUUAAAAUAAAUACCCAAUCUGUUGAAAUUCUCGAGGAUUCUGAUUCUGAUGAUUUACUGUCGAACUUGCUGCCACAGCCCCAUCAACAACCCGGAAGAUCCAAUACGAUUUUAGGAUAUGGUAAUGUUUACGGAUCAUCGUAUUUCUUACUAGUGCUUAACUUCGCCGUGGCAAUUAUGUUAGUGACGAAGCCAUUGGGUGCAAUUUCACUUAAUAUGCUAUUAGUUCAAAUCUUAUCCCUCUUAGAAUUAUAUAAUAUCCUUGGGUUGAGAAAAAAUCUUAUUGCUCCUAUUAUAUUUGGAUUAUUGGGAUAUCAGCAUUUCUUCAGUACUGGGCACCAGGCAACUAUCCCAUCUAUCCAAUGGGAGCUAGGCUUCAUGACAACAGAAACUAUAUUAUUCCCAUUCACACAUUUGAACAUUGUACUAAAUACAUUUGGCCUGUUUUUGAUUGUUUGCUUAUCAAUUCCAUUAAUAGCGUUGUGGAGAAUUCCCCCAUCAAAUAGACCAAUUACAGUUUUGUCACAAAUAAUUACGGACAUCACAACUUUAAUAACGUAUCAAACAUUUAUCAGUUUAUCAAGUUUAAUUUUCGCUGCUCAUUUUAGAAGACACCUUAUGGUUUGGAAGAUUUUCGCCCCGAGGUUCAUGUUAAGUAGUUUAUUAUUAAUUGUUUUGAACAUAACUUUGAUUUGCAUAACUUUAUGGUUCGGAGCUGGUAAGGUUAUCGCCCAAAUUAAUAGGAUUUUCGGAAAAUGA